AUGUCAACAAUAAUAAACCAAUCCCAAUACCGAGGAAGAGGGAGUGUCCCACUCAAUUCUGUGUUUCUCCCGUGUUUCACAGAACCAGCUUGGCUGAAGCCCUUGGGAUCAAACUGGAAUAAGGUGGCCCUGGCCCUUCUUGGCCUCUGCGUGGCCCUUGCUGUUAUAGCCCUGGUGUUGUACAUUGAGGGCUCCAGGCUGUACCGCGAGGAAACGGGCCAGCUGGCACUGAGCAACGCCCUUCAGCAGAAGAGCAGCCAGCUGUGGGAUUCACUCAGGCUCCACCCCGGGGGCAGCCUGUGCUCAGAUUACCAGCAGAUGUUCACCCACUGGCUCACUGCCUUCUGCAGGCUGGCAAACUGUACCAGCCAGCUGUGCCACAGGCUCUGGAGCUACUUCGACGGCAGCUGCUACUACUUCUCCAGGGCAGCGGAGGACUGGGCGUCCGGCCGGCAGGAAUGCAUCGCGCAGGGCGCAGAGCUGCUGGUGAUCCGGAGCAAGCGGGAGCAGGUCCUCAACUCCCGGCAAAACCCUUCCCAGCUUUCUCCGCUCUCUUCCAACCUUAUUGACAUCUUUCAG